AUGAUUCUUAGCGAGAUAUGGUCUUGGCUGAAAAAAGCGGGUAAACAAGCUUUCAUUUUUAAAAUAGACUUUGAAAAAGCGUAUGACAAUCUUAAUUGGGACUUUUUGCUCGAUAUGUUGAAUCAAAUGGGGUUCCCUAGUAUUUGGUGUAAGUGGGUCAAAGGGGUGCUUGUGUCCGCGAGAUCCUCGGUUUUGGUUAAUGGUUCUCCGACAUUCGAAUUCCAAUGUCAGAAAGGUCUUCGCCAAGGCGAUCCUCUUAACCCCUUCCUCUUUCUUGUUGUGAUUGAAGCCUUAUCAUGUUUAGUUUCUAAAGCUUGUUCAGUGGGUAGAUUUAAAGGUGUGAAACUCCCUAACGAGGGCCCGGUGGUCUCGAAUCUUUUUUAUGCUGAUGAUGCGCUAAUUAUGGGGGAGUGGGAGAAGGAAAAUAUUUUAACGGUGGCUAGAAUUUUGCGGGUGUUUUACGCUUGUUCAGGGUUGAAAAUUAAUAUCAAUAAAUCAAACAUUUUUGGGGUAGGAGUUGAAGACGAUGUUAUCGAAUAUAUGGCUUCGGUUGUUGGUUGCAAAAGAGGGGCUUUUCCUUUUAAGUACUUGGGGUGGAAGAAGAGAGCCUUUGGAGAAGGGUCGUUUUGGCUUGCCACGAUAAGUCUAGGAAAUGGUCGUAUUUCCAAUCCGGUGAUAUCGGGAGUUUUGAAGAACAUUGUUAAGACGGAGUCAAAAGUUGUUCUAAAGGGCAAAAGGUUGUUUGCUUUGGAAAAGAACAAACGAUGCUGGGUUAGCAACCGUCUUUCAGCUUUGGGUGUAGCUUCGGCUGUGUUCUGGGACUGGUUAAGACCCCCAGUUAACCCGGAGGAAAUGGUGGAGCUGAACAGCUCUGCGGCGUUGCUGGAGGGAGUGUACAGAACAAUGGAGAAUGACAAAUGGAGGUGGUCGUCGAACGUGUCUGGACAGGUGGUGUUAGAUCGCAUUCCGACUAAGAAUGAUUUGGUGAGAAGAAACAUAUCGGUGGAUACGGAUCUUUGUGCAUUGUGCAAUGAUGAACCCGAAUCCGUGGAUCACCUUUUCACGGCUUGCCAGAUUGCUCAUAGGGUUUGGAGUCAGUUCUGCGAUUGGGUUAGAUUACUGCCUAUUUUUGCUUUUUCUCUUGCGGAUAUUCUUGAUUUGUAUAAGAAUGUUAACGAGGAUAAGAAAUCUAAGGAGAUAGUCCGAGGUCUAGUGACGGUGACUUGUUGGUGCCUAUGGAAAGCUAGGAAUGCAAGGAUUUUUUUCUGA